AUGGUGUCACAGUAUUGGAAGACGAUAGCUUUCAUAGCUGCUGCGUGUGUCUUCAUCUGGACCAAAUAUACCAAAAGAUGGCCAAGUCAUAGACUUCCCCCGGGCCCGCGAGGUCUCCCAUUGAUAGGGAAUCUUCAUCAGUUUCCUUCCAGCUUGGCCAGAUCUACUUUCGAUGAAUGGCACAAGCAGUAUGGACCAAUCGUGGGCCUGUCUCUGGGACAAAGACCCGCCAUUAUCAUAGGCAGCGCCUCGAUUGCCAAUGAAUUAUUUGCGAAGAGAGGCCGCAUCUAUAGCUCUCGACCUCGAAUGGUGAUGGCGUUAGAGAACUUGUCCCACGGGAUGCACACGGUUUUCCUACCGUACGGGCCUCAGUGGAGGGCGCACAAUCGCAUCCAUAAGACCAUUCUCGCACCGAGCAAGGCCUUGCAUUUCCACGAGCUCCUUGAGGCAGAAACUAAGCUGACUCUCCGCGACCUGCUGCAUUCCAAAGACUGGGACCAAAGCAUUGUCCGCUUUACAUCUAGCGUGGUGUACAGCCUUGCGUAUGGUCAACGCCUCCAAGGGGAUGAGCCGGAAAUCCGGGAGAUGUCUGACUUUGUCGAGGAGACAAUGCGUGCAAUCUCUGGAUCCUGGCUGGUAGAUAUCCUGCCCUUCAUCAAUAAACUGCCCAGCUUCAUCAACCCAUGGAAGAGAUUCGGGAAUCGCUUCCACCAGCAGGCGAUGCGGAUAUUUGCAGAAAGCAGCAGACACGCCAUAAAGGCACCAGGGUGGAACAUCACAAAGCAUGCCCAGACGAAGGAACGAACCGGUCAUUUCAGCGAUGAGGAGUUACUCUAUGUAGUUGGCGUGCUUUUCCAAGCCGGCAUCGACUCCACCUCCACGGCCUUCCGAUAUUGCAUCCUGGCAUGCAUCCUGCACCGCGACAAAGUCACGAAAGCUCAACAGGAGCUAGAUGCCGUGGUUGGGAAAACUCGUCUCCCCAGUCUGGAUGAUAUAGCCGAGCUGCCUUACACGAAAGCUUUCAUCAACGAGGUUCUCCGCUGGCGGCCUAUCACGGUCGGAUCGUUAGCGCACUGCAGCUCCGAGCACGACACAUUCAUGGGUUAUGAUAUACCGAAAGGCUCGGUGGUGAUACUCAAUCAUUGGUCAACCGUGUUGAGCACCGAUACCUACGGACCAGAUGCCGCCUGCUUUCGCCCAGAGCGAUGGAUUGAAGACCCCAACCUGCCGCUGCUUGCAUUCGGCUGCGGACGACGAGCCUGUUCGGGGCAGUAUCUGGCUCAGAAGGAGCUUGAGGUUUUGAUCCCUAGUAUACUAUGGGCUUUCGAUAUCGAAGUCAACUCUUCAGAUGAGUCGAAGCUGAAGUUGGAUCCUUGGGAUCUCCUAGAAAUUGGCGGACUCCUUCGACCGCCUCCAUUUCCAGCAAGCUUCAUCCCCCGUGACGAAGAGAGGAGGACACUCAUCGAGCGUGAGUCCAGAAAGGUGGAUGCAGCGGGCCUUCAGGAUAUAUUGAAUCGGAUUCAAACACGUCUGGAUCGUGGCUGA